AUGGCGCCAACACCCUGUUUCAACUGCAAAGAGGCGCGAGCCGUCAUCAUCCGACCAAAGAACAGACACAAACUCUGCCGAGCCUGUUUCAUCAACAUCUUCGAAACAGAAGUCCAUGAAACCAUCACCGGCGCGAACCUCUUCUUCCGCGGCGAGCGAGUCGCAAUCGGAGCCAGCGGCGGCAAAGACAGCACAGUCCUCGCAGCCGUGCUGAAAACCCUCAACGAGCGCUACGACUACGGACUAGACCUAUGCCUCCUUUCCAUCGAUGAGGGUAUCCGCGGGUACCGCGACGACAGUCUCGAGACCGUGAAGCGCAACGCCGUGCAGUACGAGAUGCCGCUCAAGAUCCUGGGGUACAGCGAGCUGUACGGGUGGACGAUGGACCAGGUUGUCCAACAAGUUGGCAAGAAGGGGAACUGCACGUACUGCGGUGUGUUCAGACGGCAGGCGCUUGAUCGGGGUGCUGGUCGCUUGGGCAUCCAGCAUGUCGUUACGGGCCAUAAUGCGGACGACGUUGCCGAGACUGUUAUGAUGAAUCUGUUGCGGGGUGACCUGCCUCGUUUAUCGCGUGGUACGAGUAUCGUUACUGCAUCCGACGCUUCGGAUAUCAAGCGCAGCAAGCCUCUCAAGUACGCUUAUGAGAAGGAAAUCGUGCUAUAUGCCCACCACCGUCAGCUCGAUUAUUUCACUACUGAAUGUAUCUACUCGCCAGAGGCAUUCCGCGGCAGCGCCCGGACGCUCAUCAAGGAUCUGGAGAAAAUCCGUCCCAGUUCCAUCCUCGAUAUCGUCAAGAGUGGCGAGGACAUGGCCGCGCUUGUGCCGACGGGUGUGUCUGGUUCUGGCAAACAGAUGGCCGGUGCAGCGGAGGAUGAAUCUGCCGGAGGCUGUGGUAGCGGGAAUGGUCGGACGAGUGGGGGGGAGAUGGCAGCGAUGGAGAAGCAGCUGACCGAGAAUGAUGCGGCCGAGUCGCGCGAAACGGAGAUCAAGAUUUCGAAUGGCGGACGUGCCAUCCGCGGACCGACUGGGAAGGCUGUCAAGGCGCAGACUCUCAAGCAUUGCGAGCGCUGCAAUUACAUCUCUAGUCAGCGGAUCUGCAAAGCCUGCACACUACUGGAUGGACUCAACCGGAACCGACCGAAGACUGCGAUUGAAGUUAGUGUCGGCAUGGAAGACGAAGAAGCCAGUUCUACUCUGAUGAGACAGAUGGAGCGUGCUCAGCUCAGUGCUACUUGA